CUCGACCAUCUGGCAGCCUCGAUUAUUCACAAGAUCCCGAAUUCAAAACGUCAACAUGGCUUUGAAGCGCAAACUGAACGAGCAUGAUGUUCCCGAGGAGGAGUCACCACAGCCUACAACGCGCAGGGCAAGCGACGCAUCGCAGACUGAGCCUACCACACCGUCCAAAUCUUCGAAGACAGCAGAGGCUUCCUUCGCCGAUUUCGAGCUCGAGCCACGACUAUUGAGAGGCAUAAAAGAUCAGAAAUGGAGUUCGCCAACUGCUGUGCAAUCACAGGCUAUACCUCUGGCACUGCAGGGCCGCGACAUCCUCGCACGCAGUGGUACUGGCACGGGAAAAACUGCCGCCUACCUACUCCCCAUCCUACACAACACGCUGCGACGCCGCGGAAAGACAUCGCUCAUCCUCGUUCCCACCAAGGAACUGGCCCUCCAGAUUACCAAAGUUGCUAAGUCGCUCUCCACACACUGCGGGCAGGAGAUUCGGAUACAGAACAUCGCAGGAAAGGAAUCGGAGGUGGUGACCAAGGCGAAACUGGCAGACAACCCUGACGUCGUCAUCGCGACACCGGGACGUGCGAGCACGAAUAUCAACAAUGGCGCACUGUCGGUGAAGGAGCUCGCGCAUCUAGUCGUCGACGAGGGCGACUUGGUCAUGGGUUAUGGCUUCAAGGAUGAUCUGGACCAGAUCGCACAGAGCAUCCCCAAGGGCGUGCAGAUGUUUCUCAUGUCAGCAACCCUCAACACCGAAGUCGAAUCGCUCGGAAGCCUCCUCUGCACGGAUCCUGUCGUGUUGAAGCUCGACGACCUCGAGAAGGGCUCGCAAAAGGUCAAGCAGUACGUCAUCAAGUGCGCUGAGGAGGAGAAGUUCCUGUUGAUCUACGCAAUGUUCAAGUUGGGUUUGAUCAAAGGAAAGACGAUCGUGUUUGUGGGCGAUACAGAUCGCUCAUACCGAGUCAAGCUCUUUCUCGAGCAGUUUGGUAUCAAGUCCUGUGUACUCAACUCCGAGUUACCGCUUGCAUCCCGCCUGCACAUCGUCGAAGAAUUCAACAAAAACAUCUACAAUAUCUUGAUUGCCUCAGACGAAACUGAGAUUCUGGGUUCACAGCAGAAAGAGGACAAUGAGUCCAAGCCUAAGAAAAAGAAAGCCAAGAGCGACAAAAAGAGCGAACCUGACUCUGGAGUGUCCCGCGGCAUCGACUUCCUCAACGUUUCGUGUGUGCUCAACUUCGACUUUCCUUCCACCUACAAAUCCUACUUCCACCGCAUUGGCCGAACAGCACGCGCAGGCAAGUCGGGUACUGCCAUCUCGUUCAUCAUUCCAAAAGACAAGUACCGUAAGCACAAGUCGACAACGUUCGCCGCCUGCGAGAAUGACGAGGAGGUAUUAACAAAGGUGGAAAAACACCAGAAGGAUGGCCAGAAGCUCGAGAACUACAACUUCGAUAUGAAACGUCUUGAACCGUUUAGAUACCGCUUUGGUGAUGCCCUGCGCUCAGUAACCCGCAUCGCCAUCCGGGAGGCACGGAUAAAAGAGAUUCGCAUGGAGCUUUCCAAGUCCCAGAAGUUGUCGCGCUACUUCGAAGAAAACCCCGAAGCACUCGCGCAUCUCCGUCACGACCAAACGCUUAAUCAUCCCGCACGCAUACAACCACAUCUCAAGCACAUCCCCGACUAUCUGUUGCCUGGUGGGAAAAAACCUGAAGAUGUGGGCUUCGUAGGGUUGAACGUGCCCAAGAUGGGGCAAAGGAAAUUUGUGAAGGGGAAGGGGAGGAAGACAGUGAGAGGGAGAAAUGGCAAGGUGGACCCGUUGAAGACGUUUAAUGCUAGGGGCAGAGGAAAGAAAUAGAGGAUUGGUCAUCGAGUACCAGGUAGAAAAGCUUGCGUAGCAUUUCACAGAUAUGCACGACAUGAUGAGGACCAGAAACCAUGAGAACAUGUAUGUGCAUUUGUGCUGAGUGCGACAGCAUUUGCAUCCUUGCGUCUGUAUCUGCCUUUUGUGACCCGGCAUUUUG